GGACCAGAAGGAGAACCAGCCGCGGGACGAAAAGGGGCGCGAGCCCCGGGGGCCGCCGCCAUUACCGCCGUCGCCUCAGGACUGCGAGGAGAGGCUGGACCGCGCGGGCAAACAGUGCUGCCAGUUUGAUGACCAAGAAACAAAUGGGAAGGAGCCCGUUAGCCCCAGUGCGAGUGACUUCAGUGACCCAGUUUACAAAGAGAUCGCUGUUACCAACGGGCACAUUAAUCGAAUGAGCAAAGAAGAACUGCGAGCCAAACUUUCCGAAUUUAAGCUUGAAACCAGAGGGGUAAAAGAUGUGCUGAAAAAGAGACUAAAAAACUACUACAAGAAGCAGAAGCUGAUGCAGAAGGAGGACGGUCCCACUGCCGAUUACUAUGACUACAUCUGUGUCAUUGACUUCGAGGCCACGUGUGAAGAGGGCAACCCCCCGGAGUUCAUCCACGAAAUCAUCGAAUUUCCUAUUGUCCUCUUAAAUACGCACACCUUAGAAAUUGAGGAUACGUUUCAGCAGUAUGUGAGGCCAGAAAUUAACACCCAGCUUUCAGACUUUUGCAUCAAUCUCACAGGAAUCACUCAGGAUCUGGUGGACAGAGCGGAUACGUUUCCUCAGGUGCUUCAAAAAGUAGUUGAAUGGAUGAGACAAAAGGAGCUGGGGACAAAGUAUAAAUAUUCCAUACUGACUGAUGGUUCAUGGGAUAUGAGUAAAUUCCUGACGAUUCAGUGUCGGAUCAGCAGUCUCAAGUAUCCUGCUUUCGCUAAGAAGUGGAUCAACAUCCGAAAAUCUUAUGGAAACUUCUACAAGGUGCCCAGGAGCCAGACGAAACUGGCCAUCAUGCUGGAAAAGCUGGGGAUGAGCUACGCUGGUCGGCCCCACAGCGGCCUGGACGACUCCAAGAACAUCGCCCGCAUCGCCGUGCGCAUGCUCCAGGACGGUUGCCAGCUGCGUGUCAACGAGAAGAUGCACGCCGGCCAGCUCACCAGCGUCACUUCGGCCACCCCCAUAGAGGGCAUGCCUGCCCCAAACAUGCCCCGAGUCCGGAACUAGCCCUUUCCCGGAGGUGGGAUGCCAGGGGGCACCGGCGGGCCUCAAGCUGCCCCGGAGAGGGAGCCGGCGGCCACCAGCCAUCUGGUUUCACGCUGCAAGAGCCCAGCACCUUACACGUCCAGAGUUCCCCUUGCAAUUUUAGCUCUAUAUUUGUUGGACAGAGGAGGGAAAAUGUUGGAAUUCCUGUAGUUUUGUAAAAAAAAAAAAAAUUUUGAUAACAGCACUUUGGAUACUAGCAGUAUUGCUGACUGAAGAGCUUUUUACCCCAGCUCAGUAACAUGAGACUUUUCCCAUUCCCAUCCAGGUCCCAUUUAUCUGACAGGUUCCUGCCAAAUGGCUGGUGUGCCCCCCACCCCCUGCAAACAGCCCAAGCCUUCGGCCUCCAUCGUGGAGGGGAAGUCUCAGACCCAGGAGGUCAGUCCCUCUGGUUUAAGCAGAGCUUUUGCUUUAUAAAAAGAUCCAAAUCGUUUUACUAGGAGAGUUAUAGUUAUCCUAAUGUUGCUACUUCCAUUCUCAGCCUUAGUUAGGCAGGCGGCUGCAGUAGGCCCAGUAUAGGCCAAUGAUGAGCCCAUUGAGACGAGUUAACAGAAUCGAGAUAUAUGAACAGAGGGGGAAAGGAAAUGUGGGACACUUGCCAGGGAAUUGGUCUCCGCAAUCCUCGUGUGAAUCGGAGCCACCCGGAAGUUCCUGGACCUCCACUGUUAGUGACCAAAUCAGGCUAGGUUGAUCCUUAGACUUUGAAAGUGGGUUCUUCUUUGUUGUCAGCUGAGCAGUGACCAGGCUAACAGUCAAUUUGCAGAGAGAGAGAGAGAGUGAGUGUGUAUGUGUGUGCAUGCGCGCGCAUGAAUGCAUGCCUGUGUGCACACUCUGUAAGAAGGCUGUGAUCAGGGCUGCCAGUCUGGUUCUGGGGGUUGUGGACCAGGGAUUUCAUGUGGUGGACAUGGCCCUAAGGGGACCAGCUGCCAAUUCUGGAAAGUUGCAGAGGAUGAUUUUCGGCUGCAAGACUAAUGGGCCAUGCGCCGUCCCCUGGGUUAUGUCAGGAUAGACUUGCUCACAGAGUUAGUUCUCUGUUAGAGGGAGGACAGAGAAACCUGUAACCCUGAAAAAACCCUUUCUUAGUCACUCUGACAGCCUUUGGGGAGGGGUCCUCAUGGCAGGGACCACUCAGGUGCCUGUGGCAUUAUGUUUACAUUUCCCACUUGGUUUUUAAUCAUUGUAGAAUCAGUUCUGCUGGUAAAUGGGAUGGGACAAUAGGGAGUUGACAGUGCCCACCUACCCUCCAACAAGGAGUAGGGGAUUGCAGCUGGCACCCAUUUCUUCGGGAAGCAGUUGUGGGGCAUGGGGGUUGGGGGGAUGGAGGAGAAAGAACCAGCCUACCAACUCCACGGUCCAUUUUGGACAGGAGGCCCAGGUUCUCGGUAUUUACCAAUAUCUAAACACAUUUUCAGAUGUAAAAUUGUAAUAAAGAAGUUGAGAAUC